UAAGUGAGUGAGAGCUACAUUGUGAAGGCAUAUCGUCCAUCUUGGAAAGCUGAUUUACUCACGUCGAAAUCUGUUCUUCGAUUCAACAGGAGAAGAAAAGUUAUGGGGUGGAGAAAGCUCGUCCUCUUCUGUGCAUGUCUCCUCCUUCUUCAGUUUGCCAUGGGCAGUUUUGCCAACGCUUUACCACAAGAAGAAGGCCUAUGGGAUCAUUUGAAACCAAGGCAAGGUAAAGGAUGUUUUAUUCCUCUAUGCUGCUGCAAACCCCAUUCUGGUUGGUUGUGCGGCUUCAAGCCCUGGUGUUGCUGCUAACAAGGACCAUCAAGAAGACGUCCACAAGUCCACAAUAAGACCCAUAUCAUGACAAUGUCCACAUACUGAUCUGCCAUUGGUAGGAUAACUAAAUAAACUGCAAGCGUAGAUGAUGAUCUUGACAGCUGGACAAGAUCAACACUACACCGAGUAGUAUAUAUAUAAAGUAAGAGUAGAUACGAUCGAUAUAGGAUUAAUUUGAUGUUCAGAUGCUCUAAGGUUGAAAUGAAGUGAGAUUGUAGCACACUCUCAUGUGCUGGUGUGAAUAAACUGCAUAGACGUUGCCUAGUCAUCAGAGAUGUGUAGAGCCAUACACGCCUUCAUCAGAGCUUGAUGGCGAUACAAAUUUGAGAUUUGUUCAAGAGUCUAAUGUGAUAGGCUUGAUGUAGUUGUAUCUUCUCCGCAAUGUGUAAGAAGAUAAUCAUUUGCACAGUUUAAAGUUGC